AAACCUACAGUGUUCACACUCUGAAAGUCACCAAAAUAGUUCUGCUGGAGAUGUCUGAGAAUGACCUGGUGGAUGAAUACCUCACAGACCUGCCUGAAAUUCCAGAGAUCAUCAAUAACUGUCAUCAAACGUUCAAGCCUGACACACAAAAGACCUUGCACCGUGUUACUGAUGGAGUUGAAAACAAAGAAAGCCCUCUGGAGCAGAUCUUCACAGAAAUCUACAUCACACAAGGAAGAAUUGAAGAGUUCAAUAAACAGCAUGAAGUCAGACAGAUUGAAGCAGCACGAGGGGAAACAGAUGACACAGAAGUAAACAUUAACCCUAAAAAUAUACUUGAACUCUCACCUGGAGAAAAAGGACCAAUCAGAUUAGUGAUGACAGUGGGCGUGGCCGGCAUCGGGAAAACCAUCUUAACACAGAAGUUCACUCUGGACUGGGCUGAAGGCAAGAACAACCAAGACAUCCACUUCAUCUUCAGGAUGGAAUUUAAACGGAUUAAUGGGCUGAAAGACAAAGAGCUCAGCUUUGUGGAUCUUGUUCAUCGGUUCUUCCCGCUUAUCAAAGACGAAGGAAUCUACAGUUUUGAAGACUUCAAGGUUCUGUUCAUCCUUGAUGGUCUGGAUGAAUGCAGAAUUCCUUUCAACUUUGAAAAUCCUGAAACUCUGAGUGACAUCACAGUGUCUGCUUCCAUGGGUGUGCUGCUAACAAACCUCAUCAUGGGGAAUCUGGUUCCUUCAGCUCAACUCUGGAUCACCACACGACCUGCAGCAGCCAAUCAGAUCCCUUCAAGGUUCAUCAGCCGUAAGACUGAAGUGAGAGGAUUCAAUGACCAACAGAAGGAGGAGUACUUCAAAAAGAGAUUCAAAGAUGAAGAGCAGGCCAACAUGAUCAUCUCCCACAUCAAGACGUCUCGCAGCCUCUUCAUCAUGUGCCACAUUCCAGUCUUCUGCUGGAUCACCGCUACAGUUCUGGAGACCGUCAUGAUAAAGGAAAAAAACACAGAUCUGCCAAAGAACCUGACAGAACUGUACCUGCGCUUCCUGAGGCUAAACAUAGAAAAGAAAAGUUAUUUGAUGAAUGAUGGAGGAGCUACAACAGACAAAGAUCUGAGUCCUGAGAAGAAGAUGGAAAUGAUUGAGUUUUUGGGAAAAUUAGCUUUUGAGCAGCUGCUAAAUGACAAACUAAUCUUCUACCACCGAGACAUUGAAGAGUGUGGCCUUAACAUCAAAGACAUCUCACUGUACUCAGGAGUGUUCAAUGAGAUCUUCAGAGAAGACAAGAGUUUCUAG